UCGAAACAGACGUUUAUUUUUAUAUCAGUACAUUUUAAUAUGAAUCCUCGAUGUUAAGGCCAAAGAUCCUGAAGAGAUUACUGUGAUUGUAUAAAAUAUAGAUUCCACAUUAAAGCUACAUAUUUUAAUAUUUAAGAUCAUUUUCGACGAAAGAAACAACUAAACUUUUUUAAUUCAGCCUUACAAUCCGCUAGAGUCGUUAAUAAUCGCUGUUAGGGUUCACCGAUUAAAUAAUUUGUUCUAGUUUCUGGAAUUCAUUACGUGUUUUAUGUAUGCUCCGCGGCACUUGUUCGUUGAUUUGUUUACGUCUCAGACACGAGUUGACAGUCACAUAUGAAUUGGAGAUUCUAGUUUUUUUCCAACGAACUGUAAUCGUUUUUUACAGCGAAAUGUUUCGUAAUUCGAUGUGACUGAAGAAGAAACGAGUCCUAGAAUUCUAUGAAACUCAACUUUUGUAUCGCGGUAUCAAACACAUGGAAAACAAUGGAUUCAUUAGAAGAGCAUCGUUAUCAAGAUUAAUGGCGGCAAUUAACAAUUACAUGUUCCAUGUCGGUGAAGUUUUUUAUGAGAACGAUCCGAUUCAAUCAGUACCUCUGGCUAUCGAUGUGCAACUUCCCGAUCGUUAUGCUAUUCAACUGAAAACCAGACUGCCAUAAAUCAUGCUACAUUUGUAGUUAUUUUAUUCAACCUUCCACCUAAUAAUUCUCAACAGUGAGCAUAUAUGGCUGUACAAAGAACCACGAGUGAAAGUCUAAUGCUUAAACAGCGCCAUUUUGUUGACGCUGCAUACUUAAAAGCUUCGUUAUUUCGUAAUUAAUCACUCUACAUUUGUAGUUAUUUUAUUCAACCUUCCAUCUAAUAAUUCUCAACAGUGAGCAUAUAUGGCUGUACAAAGAACCACGAGUGAAAGUCUAAUGCUUAAACAGCGCCAUUUUGUUGACGCUGCAAACUUAAAAGCUUCGUUAUUUCGUAAUUAAUCACUCUACAUUUGUAGUUAUUUUAUUCAACCUUCCACCUAAUAAUUCUCAAUAGUGAGCAUAUAUGGCUGUACAAAGAACCACGAGUGAAAGUCUAGUGCUUGCACAGCGCCAUUUUGUUGACGCUGCAUACUUAAAAGUUUCGUUGUUUCGUUAAAUUCGUUGAUUUCAUUAAAUUUUAAGAUCAUUUAAAUCAAUUAAACGUUUCUUGAGCGUUCCAGCGUGCUCGAAAAAUGAUUUACUUGCUGACAAACGUUUCGAGAAGUCAGUAUCGAGAUAGCCCGUCGUGUGUCAUCGUUCAUUUGUAAAUAUCGACGUCCGUUCGUCGAUUGUUCGUCAGAAAUGUGACGCAAGGAAUUUUUGGCUCAUCGUUUCAAUAGAAAAUUCGCCGUAUUUCCCCUUUGAACGAUUAAAAAUUAUCGAAAGUAUGGAUUGAACAUUAAGAGUCUCCAUGAAUAAGAUUCUUACAAGUAUCGGGCUCGCAGACUAUCUGUGCGCCAUUUUAUUAUCUUCUUGGUCAAGGUACGCAUUCUUCGGUCUUACAAUAUUAUUUUUCACCUCUAACUUCGUAAUAAUAUCUCUUAAAUAAUUUUCAAACAUUGACGCGAGAUAAUUAUUGCAUUAUUCACCCGAGAACUGAUUAAAAUAUAACAAAAUUUUGUCUCGCGUUAUUGGAUACCAUUUAAAAUUCUUUACUGGUCUUAUACUCAUCUUUUAUUGCCCGAUGAUUGCUCGUAUAUACUUUACGUAUGCAAAUGAAUCAAAUCAUGUCUAAAUCAAUUGACGUCCGUAUACAGUGACGCUUCGAAUGCUUAAUCGUCGCAUUGCAUUAUAAUCGGUGCGAAAAAGUAUGUCGCACCGAUGCCAUUACUGGAUCCAAGCAUAUUGUUGACUCGAUGCAUCGAUAUUAGCGUUUGAAACGUAAGAAUUAUGUGUCAUCCAGUGAAACAAACUCGCUUUUGAAGCAAGAAUUCUAUAUUCAAAGAGUUAUCCUUCACGCUAUAUUUACCGACAUUCAUUGCACAUAUUUUUAUUCCAAUCCGUUGUGUCGAUAUUCGCAUUGAAAUGCAGUUUUUAUUUCUUAACAAAUAAUAUUUAUGAGUUCUGUAACGUUAAAAGCGUUAAUUUAAAAAACUAAUGCUUCUACAGUUGUGAGACGCUACAAUCAUGGUGAACGAAUCGGCGAAGGCUCUCACGAUGGUGAUCUCCGCGAUCAGGAAUCUUCGCGAGGCGAAGGGCUCCUCGUCCCGUGAGAUUUUGCAUUAUCUAUCGUCGAUGUACAACAUUCCGCCUCAAGUGGCGCGUCGUCAGAUGCUGACGGCCCUGAAACGCGGCGUGUCGUACGGCAUUUUGAAGAAAACCGGCGUCAACUACGUUCUACCGACCAGCAGCGAGAUGAAGUGCCAGGAGAUCGCCGCGCAGGAAGUGAAUCUGCUGGAUUUCUGCCGCAGGAGCCGCGGACAGCAGAAACUGGGUUGCAAGUGCAAGAAGAAGCAACAGAGGCGAACGAAACGUAGAAAAAAAUGCAGGUGCAAGAGUGGUAGGAGAAGUUCGAAAAGGCGGAGGUCCAGGAGUCGAAGGAGCAAGAGACGGAGGAGCAGGGGUUGCAAGAGAAGUCGAAGGUCAAGCAGGAGGAGGAGCAGGAGUGGCAAGAGAAGACGAAGGUCCAGCAGGAGGAGGAGCAGGGGUUGCAAGAGAAGACGAAGGUCCAGUAGGAGGAGGAUGAGCAGGGGUUGCAAGAGAAGACGAAGGCCCAGUAGGAGGAGGAGCAGGGGUUGCAAGAGAAGACGGUCCGGUAGAAGAAGGGAGCUUGGAUUGGAAGAGAAGACGCAGGACUAUGGCUUCCAGGACGCGCCGGAAGAGCAGUGGAUGCAGAGGGAUUCGAGGAAGAAGCCGCAGAGGAAGACAAAGGACGAGACAGUGCGGAGGCGACGGUCGAAAUCCAACGAAAAGGGACGAAACCCUUCGCCAGGACGAACAUCUAGUAGUCAAGACAGUUUUGAAGUCUAAAAUCUCCACCAUGGCAGAUUAAACAUGGCUGUCGAUACGCUGGCGCCCUCUGGAUCGUCUUUUUCUGGGAAGUUUGGGACGUGUGAUUGUUCUCAGACAAUCCCUGUUACUAUAAACUUCACAUCUUCAGGCAAUACUGAUCUACGAGAGGUAAUUAAUUUAUUUAGCAACUGGAGCAAUGGAGACACUUCACUAUGGGUCAAAAUUAAUGUUUAUCUUACACCGUAAUUUCUUUAUUAAGAAUAUUUAAUUAGAGUCUGAAUCCACAUUGAUACUAGAUUUAUUUAUUAGAACUUCUUUGCUCAGUGAACAUUUGUCUUUACAAAUCGUUGUCCUACUUUUUUAAAGAGUAGUUUUUACAAUUGAGAAUAAUGAAUUAAUAUUUUUUCAGCCGUGCAAAAAGUAUCACAGAAUCGUUUCGAGAACCAUUUGUCAAAUCGUCAGUUGCGUCCACUUAGAAGAUCAAGAAGAACAACCUCGAGAAUCGACGUUUUUAUAAUAAUUUACAUUAUUAAUCUAUUAAUUUUGUAUCCUUUUCACUUCAGAGUAUUUUCUUUAUUGUACAUGUUUGGUUAUCAUAUAGAGAAUCACAGUUCUAAUACCCGUGUCUUGUUUGCAUAUUAAAUAAGAGAAAUUUUGUAAGAGUAUUUUUCGAGCAAAAAUAGACAAAUUACAUUGUUUAACUUCGUUUUAGUUUCAUUAACCACGAUCCAAUUUUCCGUGCUGACUGAUAUAAUUAUUGGAAUUAUAUUUGUAUCAACAUGUAAAUUUUAAUCAUUUUUAUUUUUAAGCAUUUUAUUUCUUUGCUAUGUUUUUAUGCUUUUUUCAAUUUUCUUUUAGCGUAUGUAAUUUUGAAAAUUUACGAAUAAUUUAUUUCUUAAUCUUUCAACGAUUAUAUUUCAUUAUAUGUUCUCAAAUUCAUGAAACACGUGUGCAAAAUCGAUUUACAGACCUGGGGAGCAGUUAAAUAACUUUUUGGUGGAGCGAGAAAAUUUAUGAAAUUUGCAUAAAGUUCGGUGCUGAUUCCAUUUAAAUUUAAAAUCGAUGCAACGUUUUAAACACUUUUUCCUUUCAUUUCUCCCAAUAUUAUAGACAUUGAUACCCCGGUGAACGAAGCAAUUUAAUUCCAUUUCCCUUUUAUUUCAUUUAAAAUUUACAUGAAUAUUUGAAUUUCUCUCACCGGGAAUAGAAUUAUUUUGCACCUCGAUGAAUUUUCGUUUCCUCUUUUUUUAACAAAAAAAAAAAUGCGCAACACGUGAUAUUCUGUCAUCGUUUUAGUCACCAAUAUUCAGUUGUCUUUUUUUUUCCAUGUUUCACAACUAGUCUAUCCGCUGUUCUCUGUACUCUGCGUUCGGCUAUGACUAGUCCUACGUUUCGAAGUAAAUGGAUUCGAAUCGGGGCAGGAAAAACGAGCGAUUAAAUAGCUAACAGACUGCUCGAGAAAAUGGGAUCCUAAUUGACGUCGUCGAACGUGAGCCUCUUCUGUAAUCCUCUUAUAUAUUAAUCAGAGAUCCUGAAUAACCGUGUUAAUUACGGCCAUUAAUUAAGGAAACGAAAAACUGUCGUACUGGCAAUGAAUACGAGUUCUCGAGUCUUGCAAAAAAGGGACACAUCGAGGAUUGAAUCGUCUACUUCUCGAGAAAGUACUCGAUUCGUCAAAUUACAACCCUUAAUAAUGACGAUUUACUAAAUUUUAACCGUUCAUGGAUGACUUUCAGUUAUUACUGUUUCUGUUUAUCUCACGAAACAAUUAAUAAUAAACUCGUAUUCGAUAAUAAUUAGUUAUAUCCGGUUCAUCGAGAAUCGAUUGCACAGAAUGCUAUUAAGAACGAAUUUAAUAUUAAUGUUUACAGGAACUCUUUGAUUCGUGCCGUAAUAUUAAAAUUAAUAAAUAAUAUUUAUUUAAUUAUUAACUGUUUUCACUACCGCAAAGCCUAUUGACUUUGAACCUUACAUUACGGUUUAUGAUAUACUUUUAUGGUAUAUUUUUCGUCUUAUCGUAUGAAAAAAUACUUUUAUGUUAAAAUUUUACUCUUUAGUAUAAUUGAAUUAAUCUUCAAAUAUUUAUGUAUAUUUUAUCUUCUGAAAUAUUUCUAUCGAAUGGGGUCUUAAUUAAGCUCGAUAAAUAAGAGACUUCCUCGAAAGAACGAACAAAUCUGAGAACUGGUUUCCCGGUCAUUUUUUGCUACAGAUCUCGGUAUGAUUGAAUGACUAGAUAAGUUUUCCACGCUUAUCGAUGCAACAUAACUACCUGCUAUUUACGAGACAGCUUGUUAUAUGGAAAUUAUUUGUAAUUUCAUAGAAUAUCGAUUUGCUCGAGUGCACUUCUCGAAGCUACGUUUCCAACGGAGCUUAAGUGGCAGUCGAAUGUCAGCCAUUUUGAAUUACUUUUUAAUUGCAAAAGUGCCAUUCAAUAGGUUUCACGGAUGUAACGAUCCAACUUUUAAUUUGGCUGGAGUAGACUCGAGGCAAAAAGUUUGACAAAUUUCACAAACCAAUUUUAUUAGCAUUAAACUCGUGCCGAGCACAGUGACUACCUUAUUGGAGAUUAGAAGCCAAAGGAUAGAUCGCGAAAGAAUCCAAACCUGACGAAAUCUUGUAGAAGCAUUGACAGAUUCUUAGUCCAUGCUUUCAGAUUCAUUCGUUUCAAAUGAACAGAAUCAAGGACACGUAACUCCUAUAAUAAUCAUUACUUUUGUAUGAAACAAAUGAUCUUGUACUCGUGAAACAUUAUCAAAUAUAUGCAAAACAUCCUAGAACGAUACAAUCUACUAAUUCGAAGAAAACAAUUCCUAAAGAAGGCAGAGAAAAUGACUCUGUAGACCAACAGAAGGGAAACGUAGUCUUACGCCAUUUUAAAUAUUUUAACGUUUGAAAAUUGGCACUACUCAGCCAUAAUGCUUACAUAUAACACCAGAUGUUAUAUAUGUAGAAAGAUGUUUUAUUAAAUAUCAACUAAAGCCACCUCCACCAGCAAAGCAGCGCCACAAUAUUGUUAAACUUAAAAUAAAGUCCUGAAAGUGUUAACUUUGGAAUAUAAUCUUAUCUGAGUAAACAAUUGUUUGCAAACUUCACUAAAAUACUCGAAAAUACUUUGUGGAACCUGUCAGAAUCUGUAUUCGUCAUAAUUUCAAUUUCACAUACUUUGAAACCCUUUGAAUAUAGCCGAUUUUUUACACCCUUCAGUUUCAUAAGUUUAGAAACAAUCGAACUGAAAUUCGAUUACUUUUUAAUAGGCAGUGAUGUGUACUACUUUUUAAGAAACAUAAAAUAGAGUCCUGAAAGAGUUAAGUUUAGGAUCUAAUCUUACAUUCGAUUACUUUUUAAUAGGCAGUGAUGUGAACUAUUGUUUAAGAAACAUAAAAUUGAGUCCUGAAAGCGUUAAGU